AUAAGGAGAAAUAUCCUAAGCCCAUGUCGGUACAUAACUAUUUCAAUCGUGAACCUUGUGACUGGAAUAUCACGGACUUUCUUAAUGAAUGCGAAUUAGAAUUGUUUAGAGAUAAAAUAGGAUGUUACCUCACGUCUCUUGAAAAUAUAAUUGCUACAGGAAAUAAUGAUGAAAGAUGUAAACGAGCAAAAUUCCUGUAUGAUCAAUAUAAAAAGGCGUGUAUAAGAUCUUUCUUAUUGACUUUAAUUUGGGGGCGUGACAACCUCUAUGCUUUGUCUGACGUCAAGCCUCUACGCCGACCUGGUGGGAUAGAAAAUAGAGAAAAUAGGAUAGAAAUUAGAACUGGACCUUCGAUUCAUCUUCACAAUCCAAUAUUUACAGAAAACCCUUUAGUAGGAACUUUAGGAAGCAUUAACGGUGGAACUUUUAAUUUAUCUGAAGAAUCCAAAAGAAAAAAUAAUAAUGAGCAUGAAAAAAACGAGCAAAUCAAACAAAGUCCUCCCAAAAAAAGAACAAAGAUUGAGGAUUACUUUCCCGUUACUUUAUAUAAAUCUAAUAUAUUACCACCAUUAGUACCAAUAGUAUCAAAGAAAAAAUCUGAGAUAUUAACGGAAAAAUUUAACGAUAAUGAAGAGGAAAAUCUCAAUAACUUUAAUCAAGAGGAUAACCUCAAUAAUUUUGAUCAAGAGGAUAACCUCAAUAAUUUUGAUCAAGAGGAUGACUUCAAUAACUUUGAUCAAGAGGAUGACUUCAAUAACUUUGAUCAAUAA